GAUUGGCCUUUCAUCCCUGUCAGUCAUUGUUGUCCCCGCCCUCUGAUAAUGCAGCAUGGGCGAAAAUACCAGACCCAAGAGCUACAGCUGAGGAAACGGACUCCUGUACAAUCAACGUUUUCACGCGAUUGAUCGAAAGUGAUGUUCCAACAAUGCCGAUUGUGGAUAAACUCAAAGAGGCGUUAAAACCUGGACGAAAGGAGACGGGCGAUGAGGGGGACCUCAACAAACUCUUGGCUUCCUCUGCCAAGAAGGUCCUGCUGCAGAAGAUCGAGUUUGAGCCAGCCAGCAAGGGUUUCUCCUAUCAACUGGACAGCCUGAAGAACAAGUACGUGAUCCUCAACCCCAGGAAUGAGGGCGCUGCGGGGCAGAGGGCCACCGAGCCUGCCCAAAUAAAGCGGCACGUUUCAGAGAACACGGUCAGCGGCCAGAGCGACGGCAUCCCGGCACCACAGAAGAUGCUCUUCCCGGGCAGCAAGCUCGCCCUCAAGUGGGAGGGUGUGUACAGGGUGGGAGCCGGUCUCCACAACCUGGGGAACACCUGCUUCCUCAACUCCACGGUGCAGUGUCUCACCUACACCCCGCCACUCGCCAACUACUUGCUGUCCAAGGAGCACAGCCGCGCCUGUCACCAGUCGGGCUUCUGCAUGAUCUGCAUCAUGCAGAACCACAUCAUCCAAGCCUUCGCCAACACGGCCAACGCCAUCAAGCCCGUCUCCUUCAUCAGAGACCUGAAAAAAAUAGCCCGGCAUUUUCGCUUUGGGAGCCAAGAGGACGCCCAUGAGUUUUUGCGCUACACCAUCGACGCCAUGCAGAAAGCCUGUCUCAACGGCUACCCCAAGCUUGACCGGCAGACCCAGGCGACCACGUUGGUGCACCAGAUCUUUGGAGGCUACCUCAGGUCAAGAGUGAAGUGCUCUAUUUGUAAAAGUGUGUCAGACACAUAUGACCCUUACCUGGACAUCGCUUUGGAGAUUCGACAAUCGGCGAAUAUUGUGCGAGCCCUGGAGCUGUUUGUUAAGCCUGACAUGCUAAGUGGGGAGAAUGCCUACAUGUGUGCAAAGUGCAAAAAGAAGGUGCCGGCGACCAAGCGCUUCACGGUCCAUCGGACGUCUAACGUGCUGACGCUUUCCCUCAAGAGGUUCGCCAACUUCAGCGGGGGGAAAAUAACAAAGGACGUCGGCUACCCAGAAUUUCUGAACAUCCGCCCCUACAUGUCCCAGAGCUCAGGCGAUCCUGUCAUGUACGGCCUCUACGCGGUUCUGGUGCACUCCGGCUACAGUUGUCACGCUGGCCACUACUACUGCUACGUGAAGGCAAGCAACGGACAGUGGUACCAAAUGAAUGAUUCAAUGGUGCACUGUAGUAACAUCAAAGUGGUCUUGAACCAGCAGGCUUACGUGCUUUUCUAUCUGAGGAUCCCCGAAAGCAAGAAAAACGCAGAUGGACAGACCGCCAAGCACGGCAUGUUGCAUUCUGGGAAGAACAGCGUGUCCUCUGAACAGAUAAGGAGGGCCAACCUGAACGGGCCCCUCUCCUCGCCGCAAGUCACCAAGAAACUCGAGCCCGCGCACCUGCGUAAGAUCCAGUCCGUGGAUGGCGGCCUGGGCCUGCCCUUUGCCAGGAACGGGGUGAGCGCUCCGCCACAGCCCAGACUCUCCAGCUGGGCGUCCUCCUCCAACGGCCCACCGAAGAUGCCCGGUGGGCCCGCGGUCAUCGAGGAGCCCUUCAAGAAGCUGAAGAAGCCAUCUCCCCAGGGGCAGGGGCAGGGGCCGGCGUCCCGGGGCAUCGCCGCCGCGCCGCCCGCCAACAACGGGGUGGGCAGGGCGGAGGGAGACAAAAAGCAAGGUGGCGAGGGAAGGGGCAUGUCGGCGUCUACCUCGUACAAGUCUUUGUCUGACUCUUCUUCUGCCGACACCACCGACUCGAAGGAAUCUGCGGGUGCCAGGAGUGCGCCAGCGGGAGAGACUCCCUCCACCCCGCGGAAAAGCUCCAACGGCGUGGCGUCUCCGGCCAAAUGCGCGGAGGAGCAGAAGACGGCGAAGAUAAAAACCCCGGCUCUCAACAACAUCACGUCCGAAGCCACCAGCGCCAUGUCGCCGCCGCCGGCCAAGAAGCUGGCCCUGUCCGCCAAGAAGGCUCGCAGCCGGAGACCGAGCAGCAUUGAUGCUCCGCCCUCUUCGCCGCGCCAGCUGUCCAGUGACCCCACGCAUCACAAUCAACUUAACCCCUUCAACUCCGCCUCACCUAGUCACACUCACAGAGCUGGUCCAUUCCAUUCACCUAAAGUCCAGUCAUCGCCUUUUGCCCACUCAAGUGGAUCCUUCAAACAGCAGAGCCCUCAGAAACAGUCCCUUCCCUCCUCACUGCAAAAACAACACGCCAGCCUUUCUAUUAAGACCAACGGGCUUCACAGCGCCGGCCCCAAGAGCCCCAAGUCUUCCAACAACCUCAGCCACGUGGUCCAAGAACCAGACCUCAACAGCGCUCAAACGCUCGACGAAAGGAAGAAGAAGAAGAAGAAGAAAAAGAAGCGGCGCCAUUCCGAGGUGGAGGCUGACCCAGAGCCAGAGGCUCCCCCGGCUCCGGUGGUGCAGACCCAGCCCCCGGAAUCGGCCAACGAGAACAAGCGCAGGAAGAAAAAGAAAAGGCGAAAGACGGAGCUCGAAGACGGAGGGACAGUUGAGGAAAGGGAGUGCGUCCCGUCCCAUCUAGACACAUCAAACCAGGAAGAGGAUUGGUGUCAGGGCGGCAUAUGGAGUCUAACGUCGCAUCCAGGUACAGAACAGUCCGAGCCAAAACCCCAGUCGGCUUCCGCACCCCCAACGCAGCAGGAGUCGAGUCAGGAAGAACAGGGAAGGGAAUCUUUCAAAUCGAAGAAGAAGAAGAAAAAGAAAAAACAGCUGGUGGAGGUUCUGCAGGGGACGACUUCAGCGUGCUCUGCACCAGAAAGCACUUCUGAGACGAAGAUCGCCGCCACUCCGAAUGAUACGGGAGAUUUGGAAACAUUGAAAAAGGAAUCUAAGGGGAAGAAGAAGAAAAAGAAGCGGCUAAAAGAAGAGGUUCGACUGUGGGAGGAGAGCAGGCGAUGCUCCGACGGGCAGAGCGAGGAGCCCGAAGCAGCGGAGCCCCCCUCCAAAAAGAACCCCGCAGAAAACGGCGUAGUAAGGAAACACGGUCUAGCCAAAGUGGUAGUUUGGGACAGCCACGUGAAGGACGGCUUCAAGCGCAGCCGGGUGCCCGCGGCUGAUGGAAGUGGAUCGGGAGACGCCCCGACUCCUGUGGGCUGGGACGGGAAGAAGACUAGUGGGGUGGUGGAGGAGCUGCUCAGAAACUCCUCAGACAAAGCCUACGGAGCCAGCGUCCUCAGUUGGGACGGAGAGGUCUCUGCUAUCAGUAGAGACGCGGCUGAAGAUGUCCGCCACGCCAGGUGUGACACUGUGAUCGAUGAGUGGGAUGAAGACUUUGAUAGGGGAAAGGUAAAGAAAAUGAAAAACUAUAAGAAAGAGAAGUGGAGAAAUAACGGCAGCAUCUUCCAGAAGAUCCAGGACCGGCGAAGCAAGUGGUCUGUGACACCUGGAGGAAAGCGGGGUUUUGGAGUCCGUCGAUGAGAAGCUGUUGAAGUUGUGCUGAUUGGAAAUAGACAACAAUACUGUAUACCAAAUGUCUGUACUUUUUCUUUUUUGUUUUCCUUUUUAUGUUUUAAUUCCUGAAAUAAGAAGUUCCGAAGCAGGAUACUGGCAGUCAGACGGACCCUUUUAUCUCCAUUAGCAACAAACAUGAAAUGUCUUCUUCUGGCUUUUUAAUUCAAAUACCAGACGGCUCAAGCUUCUCUCUGCAUGCAAUAUUUACCUGAGACCCCGACACCUCCAUGCCAAACAAAUAUUUAUGCUGGCACCCUAUGAGCCGUUGCCCAAACGAUCUUGACCUGUGACCUUAUGAGAUAAAGUAUACCUGCCAUGCUUUGACUGACAAAGCAGAUAUUCAGAGUCAUAUAUUUGAGAAUGAAAAGGUUUUUUUAACCGUACCCUGAAAUUAUUCUAAUCCAAAUUUCAAAGACGUGAAAUAAUUUAAUAAUUAGAACAUGUUAUUUUUUUAAUAACUGAUUUUCCUCUUUUAUCCUUAUCUGCUGUCUUUUUAUUUUGCAGCAGUGCCUCUGCCGCGUGGCUCGUUUUUAAGAACCACAUCUUGCCUUUAUUUUGGUGAAAAAUUAUGCUUAAAAUUGCCACUUUCCCCUCUAAAGAUGUAUGUCUAAAUUGGUUCUAAAAAUGGCUAUUUUUGUUUUUCUUUUGGUUAUGCCUUUUUUUUUUUUUUUUUGCGGGAAAGAGGAGGGUCACAUUUUAUACUUCAGGAGCCGUGUUUGGGAUGGGACUGCCACAUGCCCAAUGCCCCCCCUCACUCCCCCACCCCCUCUCUCUCUCUUGUAUCUUCUAUCUCUAUGCAAUUUACUGAUGUUCAUGCUGGUCACCUGGAAACUGGGCUAAGACUCAGGAACCCAGACAUCCUGCAUCCCAACUCCAUCAAUGAUCCAACUCCCCGGUUCAUGUUCGAUUAGUCCCUCCCCCGGGGGACUGACAUUUUGCAUCUUGUACAUCCUGUAGAAACUGUUUUAUACUAAAGCAUUUCAGGUGUGGACACCAUGAGAUCGUCUCUCACCGAUCCGGGCACAGAUGCGUAGAGGAACCAAUGUUAUGACAAACUGCUUGUCCAGCGUGGAAGCCUGUACAGUCCAUCUUGUGCUGUUUCCCCUUCAACGCUGUAAAGAUUUGCUCAUGCAUUUCUUUUUCAUUCUAGAGAUGUUGCCUUGAAUUGGCUAUAAAAAGAUGUAGGAUUUAGUGUUAUAAAUAUAUAUAAUUUAAAGAUGAAAAGACGAUGAUUCUUUAAUGUGCUACUAAUACCUGGAUCAGUUGGUGGAUGUUAACUUGACAAUUAAUCUGCAAAUGUGUUCGAUCAUUUGUGAGCGUGUUCUGUUGUCAAGAGGUUCCCUGUGUCACUGUAGAGACUAGGACUGUCUCAUUUCCACAGGACGUGUUUGUGGGCUGUGAAAUCAACAUGGGGAGUCACUCUCAAACUGACACAGAGGAACAUUUAUCUUUGUGAAUGGACAAUUCACAUGUUUGCAUUGAUGGCUCUAAAUUUUGCACCACCUUUUUCUGACCAGGCAGGAGACCUUUCAUAAUGAAAGGGGCUCCUGCCACACUAUAGUUGAUGGCUAUGAAGGUGCAAUAAAGUUGACUUUUGUGAGCUGA